UCGUCUGCUCAGAAUGUCAAACGCUUAAGAGCGCCAGAGAGCGCCGAGACACCCACCGACACUGCAAUUUUAUGAACUACGAAACAAAUACAAAAGUUGUUUAUUUUCACGGCUUCGAUCUUUUUCAACCACUAAACACUGCUAAACAAUUUGAUUAAGCCAUGUGCUUUAGUUCGAGUGAAAUCGCUGAGAAUAGAGUUUUGAUAAUCACAUCUUAAAAUCCCAAUGGAGUUUAGCAGGAUAUCUUCAAUAAAACAGGAAUCCGAUGAAGAUAUCGACGAUGACGAUCAUUCCGUUAGCACAUUGCUAUUGCCGAUUCCUCAGAUGCAUGACAAUGAUUUCAUUGCCAGUGAUGAACAAGACAAUGAAUUCCUUCGCCUCACUUCCAUGGUAAGAGAGGUAUAUUCUUCGCACCUUUAUAAAUCUUUGUACGCAAAUUACCUAGUAUGCUGCGAAACGAAGCAUACUCCUAUCUCUCAACCAGAUUUAAAAAAGUGCGCCGGACAGAUGGAACUUAACGCUGUUAGAGCUUCUUUGGAAGCUUCGUUGUACAGACAAGCAAUGCUUAAAAUGAUUUCAGAUGUAAAGGGGCACACGACUGUGAAGAAAGUGCAUAACAAAUUGAACCUCUUUUUAAAAGCGCCGCAAAAAUAUAUCGACAUUGGUGUUCAAACAGACGAAGUAUUGCAUAUAGAAAAGAGUCGAACUCCAGACACAACAACUCCUUUAACCAUCAAGGACCCCCAUGUUCAAAUUUCAUCAGUAACGUCGAACUACGAUGAGUCCAUAGUCACAGUUGUUAGUCCACCAAUAGAAAUGAGAAAAUGCAGUUUAGACGAGAGAGUAUCGUUGAUUCUGAAGUCGGAAGUUGACAUUCAGGACGAAAGCACCAUUGUAAAAUUUGAAAAUGAUACGGAGGAGGUAUCUGAGUCUGAAGCAACAGACUGUAACUUGGAUUUAAAAUCUGGCGACAUAUUCAAGUCUAUAAAAGACUUUGCAUGCCUGCAGACCGGCAGCUCUGAGCAGGUGCACAACGACGUUGAAGCAAUUUUUGGCGACGAGAACACAGUCGACAUUGCUCAAGCGCAGAAUGAUAACGAUUCGCAAGACUCGAUUCUGCAACACAUGGAAGAUAUGUUCUGUGAGAGUAACGACAGCACCGAUCUGAUGGCACUGAUAGAGAAGCACUCCGGAAUUUCCAAAGCCAAUAUUGACAUGGAAAUCUGCAAAAUGUGUCCUGAAAUCAAUGCUCCAAAGCUUAUCACUACACCUGUUGCUAAAAGAAAAGAUAAUACUGGUGAAUCAUCAGAAGUACAUGCAAACAAGAGAAAACUCAGCUUUUCGAGUUACAAAAAAAUGAAGAAGCGAGGCAAGGGUGAAGAAUGCGCCUCUCCAAAGGCAGAAGAGACUGCCGACGAAAAGAAAAAACGGAAAGCGAGCGGCGUUUGGCUGGUUGAACGGAUUCAUCAAGUCUCAAAGUUGAAGGCAAAAAUGAUGGAGAUUUCGACCAGCAAUUAUCGCAGACACGGCAGAAUAAAAGCAAAGUUUUUAGAACUUUUUGGCGAGUCUGACGACGAAGAUAUGAUGCCUGAUUCGCCGAUUUGUAUUGAGGAACAUUUAAAUGCUUGUAAGGAACGCAUCGCUCCUUGGGUUGUCAAGCAUUUAAUGCCUUUUUAUAAAAAAAAACGGAUCACAGAUAGGAAAUUAUUCAAAACCGUUGCCAAACACGUUGCUGAUAUGCUUAUCAUUGAAAAUACAUUUCCUGAAGAAAGCGAUGUGAAUAAACACGUACAGAAAUACUUCAAGAAUAAGAAGACGAUAAAAACGAAACCAGACAUAUUUAUAUGAGGAAUAAGCGUUCAUGAAUAUUCCACCACGAUUGUCUUUGUUACACUGGAUUGUACCAAAUUAGCUUGUGUAUCACUUAUGAGAAAAUAAGUGCGGUAUCACUGAAGAUGCGAAAUUGGACUGAAGAAAAUAUGUAAGGCAACUAGAUACGUACUUAUAAUUAAAAACUAACAUACACGGAAUAUUGUUAUAUCAUGUAAAUAUAUGAAUAGACUAACGAAAUAAUCUGUUUAGGACUUCCGUGUUUUUCGAUAACCUGUAUAAUGAAUAGUUAUAUCAAUAUACAAAGUAGGAAUUUGCAAGAUUACCUUCACGCCGAUGAAAACCUUUGCGCUAUCGAUUUCGUGAACACUUAUUAAUUAUUGCAUUUUUAUUAAUAACUAAAAUGUUUGCUCGUAAAUCAAAGCCCCAAUUGAAGCUCAAGUUAAAGAACUCUGUAAGUUUAUUACAUGUAUAUAAUAAAAAUGUGUUUACGUAACAACAAAUAAUAUAAAAAUUUACAUGUUCAUAAUAGAUGUACACAUAUUGAAUUGUUAUACUUCCAUUUACAGAAAACAUUAAAUUCGAAAAAACAACGGUAAUAUAUUAACAACAUAUUGAUACUGAAUUUAACGUAUAUUAGCAUAUUCCUAUAAUGACAAGGGCAAGUAUUUAUUUAUUUAUUUAUUUGUUAAUUUAUCUCGACAUGUUUUUGUCGCAGGCCAAUGAUUUUCGGCCGCUAUAUUUAAAUAGCUAAGUUAAUUGUAAAACCGAGCUUUGAUCACUGGGUGAUCCGACUAUUAAUUUUUCAAGUAUCUUCAGAGUAUUCAAAUGCCGCCUGUUGGAAUGUUUAGUCUAAUAAUAAACUGUGCAUACUAUAAGUGAAUAACGAGGCUGUUUUUUUUUAUUUACUGCGAAUAUGCGUAUAUAUAGAUUAAAAAUUUUAGAGAGACAAUUUCCUGUAACCAAUUAUUAUCUUUACACAUAAAUUAAUCUCUCGCAUAAUCGGAGGCACGUAAAAUCUCAGAGAAAAUUUCGUGUGAAAAACCAGAGAAAAUAUUUCCUAAAUCAAUAAAAAAAUAUUUCCGUAAAAUUUAAGUAAUUACAAUUUACAUUGUAUAAACCUCAAUGAUUACAAUUUAGAAAAAUCGAGUUUCGAACCGUUGCAGGAGAAUAACAAAUAUUUAUAAAGCCUAGCUAAACGCCUAAAUUUGAACAACAAUAGUAAUAAUAAUAGUAAUAAUUGGACUCUUACAGCCGAAAUUCCAAGGUAUUAAAUUUUCCUGUGAUAAAAGGAUAGUGGCAAUUGAAUCGAACUAAAUUUAUCUCAAUUGCACUGUCGCGACUUCUUCCAAACUAGUAAUAUUGAAUUACUCUACAGCAAUCCGAUCAUCGAAUACUUGUUCCAUUCAGACAAUAUACGUUCCAAAAAUGUCUACACCGAUGAAUUCAGUUAAGCUUCAAUUUACAUUCUCCUAGGAUUAUUAUCAUUGAAGAAGAACAAAAAGAGGCCAUGAAACUUAAACAAUUUAAACAAUUGUUAGUGAUUUCUUAUUUGUCUUUGUUCAUCUUUCUAAGAAUUAAGGGGAGGGUACACCCGUCAAUUCGUGUAUAUGGUGGAAAAGUCCGAUCGGGAUGGUGAUUUUUUUCAGCUACUUCUUUUCAUGCUGAAUGCAACGCAGGAAACUGCU